GGUAACAGCCUCUCCCAAUUCCACACAUUGAGCUCCUGCUCACCAAUCCUCCAGGUGACUCCCAGCCAUGAAGACACUAGUCCUCCUCUCUGCCCUUGCCCUGCUGGCCUUCCAAGUCCAGGCUGAUCCUAUCCAAAACAGAGAUGAAGAGAGUAAAAUUGAUGAGCAGCCAGGGAAAGAAGACCAAGCUGUUUCUGUCUCCUUUGGAGACCCAGAAGGCUCUUCUCUUCAAGAGGAAUCGCGUUGAGAGAUCGGAUAUGCUAUUGUAGAACAAGCUGCAAAAAAA